AUUUCACGAAAGCUAUCCCUUAUGCUAUCCAGACAAUAGCAUAAAUAAGAGAAGAACAGACCUACUUCUCAAUAUUUUGAGGUAUUGCUUUUGCCUUUUGAAAAUAUGGCAGGAGGAGGUUUUGCGGCGGCUCAAGGUGACGGGAGAAAAUACGAAGGUGGUGUCACUGCUUUUGUGGUCAUCACUUGUCUGGUGGCAGCCAUGGGGGGGCUCAUGUUUGGCUAUGAUAUUGGCAUCUCAGGAGGGGUAACAGCGAUGGAUUCAUUCCUUAAACCAUUUUUCCCCCAUGUGUACAAGAAACAGCAUGGAAAUCAUGAGGAAAAUAUGUACUGCAAAUUUGAUGAUCAUGUGCUAACGAUGUUCACAUCUUCCCUCUAUCUUGCGGCCUUGAUAGCUUCCUUCUUUGCCUCUGCAACAACGAGGAGAUUUGGUCGUAAGAUGUCUAUGAUGUUUGGAGGCCUGGUUUUCCUUGGCGGAGCUAUUCUUAAUGGUGCUGCUGUCAAUGUUGCGAUGCUUAUUGUUGGUCGUUUGAUGCUUGGUGUGGGUGUUGGAUUUGCUAAUCAGUCUGUUCCGGUUUAUCUCUCAGAAAUGGCACCGGCGAACCUUAGAGGAGCACUCAAUAUUGGAUUUCAAAUGGCAAUCACAAUUGGUAUUUUGGCAGCCAAUCUCAUCAAUUAUGGGACUUCCAAGAUAAAAGCUGGUUGGGGAUGGAGAAUUUCUUUAGGCCUUGCAGCAGCCCCGGCAAUUCUUUUUACAAUCGGCUCUCUCUUUCUACCCGAUACCCCCAACUCCAUUCUUGAGAGGGGCAACCAUGAGAAAGCGAAGAAAAUGUUGCAAAAGAUUCGAGGCACGAACAAUGUCGACGAAGAAUUUCAGGAUCUUGUUGAUGCUAGUAUGGCUGCAAAGCAAGUUGAGCACCCAUGGAAAAACUUCACAGGCCGAAAAUAUAGACCUCAAUUAAUCAUUUGCACCUUCAUCCCUUUCUUCCAGCAACUUACGGGAAUUAAUGUCAUCAUGUUUUAUGCACCUGUUCUCUUUAAGACUUUGGGUUUUGGUGACGAUGCCUCGCUUAUGUCUGCUGUCAUAACCGGCGUAGUCAAUGUUGUGGCCACAAUGGUAUCUGUUUAUUCCGUUGAUAAACUAGGAAGGAAGGCUUUAUUUCUUGAAGGUGGCGUGCAAAUGAUCAUAUGUCAGGUUCUUGUUGCAGUUAUGAUAGGGCGUGCUUUUGGGACAGAAGGGGAGGGAGGGAUGUCUAAGAGUGUAUCCUCCUUGGUGCUGUUUUUGAUAUGUGCGUAUGUCGCAGCUUUUGCAUGGUCUUGGGGUCCUUUGGGAUGGCUAGUGCCGAGUGAAAUUUGCCCUCUGGAGAUCCGAUCAGCAGGACAAGCAACCAAUGUCUCGGUUAACAUGUUCUUCACAUUUGUAAUUGGCCAAUUCUUCCUCUCCAUGCUUUGUCACAUGAAGUUUGGUCUCUUCUUAUUUUUUGGUGGAUUUGUUAUUAUCAUGACCAUUUUCAUAUAUUAUUUUGUGCCUGAGACCAAGAAUGUCCCAAUUGAAGAAAUGAAUCAGGUGUGGAAAGAACAUGGGUUUUGGAGCAAGUAUGUCUCAAACGAUGAUGUCACUGGCAGGACAAGCAGCCCACCCUAGAGUCCUAGACAACACAAUAUUUUUGUGUGUGUUAUGAUGAAGGCAGAAUGACAAGACACAAAUAGGGGAAAGGACUGUUUUUUUUUUGUUCUUUUUUUUUUUUUGUAAGGCAACUCAUUUUAUA